AUGACAAGUGAAACAAACGUCAAAGCAGAAACGGGUGAAGAGAAAGAAGCACAGAGGAGUGGUAUCGGUAAAGCUUUGGAAACCGGAUUUCUGGUUCUUACAUUAAUGGCUCUGUCGACGUACGUAGAAAUAUAUGGACCAACCUUGAUAGAUCUGAAGAAAACAUUUGACACCGAUUACGAACAAGUGGCUGUGGCAGUGUCUGGAAGAAGUGUGGGCUGGUUCCCCGGAAGUAUUGUGGCCGGGUUUCUCGUGGAUAAAUUCAGCGGAUACAAUCACCUGUUGAUUGCUAUUGGCCUUGACAUCGCUGCAGCAGUGACGGUGGCUAUUCCCUGGUCUCCAAAUGUGACAUGUAUGUGGAUCUUAUGCUUCAUUGGUGGCUUUGUAGAGCCGUUUCUUAACAUUGCCACUAUUCGCAUCUUGUUCAACAUAUGGCGAGAAAAGUCAGCAUCAUUUCUAAUGCUAAUUCAUCUUGGUUAUGGUAUUGGCUCUUUCAUGGUGCCGCUGUAUUCAAACCCUUUCCUGGCAGAUAAAGUGUUUCAGUCCUCGGAUGUGAACAGAAGCUAUACUACGAUAGAAAGCGCCGCAAGUCUCACCAAUCGAAGUACAUCUUCGGAAAAAUCAAGCACGAAGGAGAACUCAAAGGUUGAAUAUCCAUACGCGAUUUCCGCUUCAAUCGUUGUUUCUGUGUCAAUUGCGUUCUACUUCUACCAGAUUCGAGAGUCAAGAAACAAGAAGAUACAAAGCAGUAAUGAUAUAAAAUUAGACACAAACGGCAAAGACAGCACUGCUGGAGGAAAUCGUUCAUUUAAAGAGAUGAUUAACCCAGCUACCUGUGCAAAUGGUAGAUUUUGGUACGGAUCUUCAAUUUUGCUUCUUAUCGUCGUUUAUUUUGGAAAUAAUGCCGGGGGAGACAGAAUGAUUGGCAACUUCAUACGCAGCUACGCCAUUGAUCAUCUUGGAUUCAGCAAAGACUCUGCAUCAGCUUUGAACACAACGUAUUGGUUCACAUUUUCAGCUGGAAGACUCAUAUUUAUAUUCCUUGCACGUUGUUUAUUCGUCAGAAUUCUGAUUAUUGUAGAGUCCGGAGGUAUUGCUGUCUCCUCUGUUUUGUUAGUGUUAUUUGCUGACGAUAGUGUGCUGUCAUUUUGGAUAUUAAUGCAGAUUUUCUCUUUCUUUAGCGCGGCAAUCUUGCCUACCGGUAUUGCAUGGACCAAUUACCAUAUCGAACUCACCGGUCUGGGUAUGGCGUAA